AUGGCAGCUGGAGGUCUGUCAACAGUGUGCGAUUUGUGGUGCCAAGCGCGUCGGAAAAGCGGAGAAGAAGAGCAGGAACGAAAGCCGACGAUGGCCCUAGACCCGCUUCACUCUCCAGGAAGCGACACACAAGAGCUGUACUCUCCAGCAGUGCCCAACGCUCUAACGGUCUUGACUCUCAGUGUACAAGACGCCGGUCCGACAGCGGAUCUCAUGGCCAAGACGAAACGACGCAUAUUCUCCACGCCAAUGCUGCGCCGCUCUGCCACGGCUUCUUCGGCUGCAGCGGCAUCUGCAGCCUCCAAGAUCAAGAGCAACUUGUCCACAGUUAAGCUCCCAACGGCAUUGAAGCGCAACAGUGCGAACAGCGGGAAAAACGCGGCGGCAGCUCCAGUCGACUGUGUGCCAUCGCUGUCAAGGUCCAGCACCGAUUCCUCCGUGAAGAAGGAGACCAAUGCUGUACCAAACAACGGCAAGAAAUUUGCCAUCCCGUCGCUGAAGCACAUCAGAGCCAGCGCCAUGGACAAGAUGAAGACAAAGCCUAGCUGCCCACUGGACUCUCCUGAGGCUAAAUCCCAGCGCAGCAAUAUCAGCAGCGAGGAGGAUACGAGCAACGAAGAUUCUGUUACGCCCCAGCAUGCAACGUCGGCUAUUACUUCGCGGUUUGUUUUGGGAAUGCCGACCAUGCUGAGACGCGCUGUCUCCAAUAACCACCCGCCUGGCGCUGAGGCUAUCGCUCACAAGAAGUCGCCGGAUACUAGUGCGAACUCCACCCCGCGUGGAGAAUCCUCGGAGGAUGAUUGGGAUGAGAACGACCGACACUCUUUGCUGAUGAUGCUGCAGGUGCCCGAAGCUCGGAAUUCGCUGAUUCCGUUGAUGGCGGUUAGCCAGACCUGGUGA